AUGCCCGUUCCCUGGGAGGCCAUUCUGCCCUUCGGUCUUGUGACCGUCAUGUUCGGUGCCACUGGCACCAUCUUCAACAUCAUCCAGCGCGGCCGCAACGACUGGAAGCCUCCCCGCUACGGCAUUGACCGUUGGGACAACAUCAUGAUGGAGCGCGACCGCCGGUUGACAGGGUCCCUGCGCGGACAGCGUACGGACCCAAUCGCACCACCCGAGUUCGCAACCAACUCGGUGUGGUCGACGGAGAGAAUUUAA